AUGCUCGAGCGCUUGUUCCCGCGCCGCGAUCGCCGCGACGACCGCGCGUGGUACGCGCAGAUCUCGAAUCGACCGCGGUCGCGACGAUUUCUCGCUCCUCCCCCGACCACGCGUUCGAACGUGCCCCCGACGCGGUCGUCGCUCCCCGACGUCGACGCGCGCCCUGGUCCGCGGCUCGCCGGCCGCGAGGGGAGGACGGCGCGGCGCGACCACGCCGCGAGCGACGCGGGCAUCGCCCCGCUCGCGAGCGGCGCCGCGCUCGACAUACUGGCCCGCGACGUCAACCCUAUCUCGCGCAUUUGGGCAGUACUAACCAGACCGCCGCCGACAGCUGGCGCUCCCCAUUUCCGCCUCGCUCCUUCGCCGGCGCCGAGGGGCACAGCACGCGGCGCGCUCGCGAUGUCACGCGCCGCCGCGGCGCCGGCGCCGGCGGCGGCGGCGCGCGCGCGCGCGAGAUCGCGCGACACGCGACGCGGCGUCGACGUCGCGCCCGCGCGUCCGUCGUCGCGCUCGCGUCCCGUCCCGCGGAUCUCGGUGCCGACGCCGCGAGCGCGAGCGUCGUCGUCGUCGUCGUCGUCGACGGCCGCGACGACGUCCGGCGUGGCCGACGACGCGGACGCGUUCGUCGUCGCGAUCGUCGGCGCGGGGUUCGCGGGCGUCGCGACCGCGUACCACCUCGCGAAGCGCCAUCUCGAGGGCGGCGAGGAGGAGGCGGAGGAGGAGGAGGAGGAGGAGGAGGAGGACGACGCGCGUCGUCGUCGUCGUCGUCGUCGUCGUCGUCGCGCGCGCGCGCUCGUCGUGCACCUGUACGACGAGAAGGGCAUCGCCGGCGGCGCGUCCGGCGUCGCCGCGGGGCUGCUGCACCCGUACACGCCGCGAGGAAAGCUCAUCUGGCGCGGCGUCGAGGGCGUGACGGAGACGCUCAGGCUCGUGGACGCCGCGGAGGCGGCCGAGGCGGCGAGCGACGCGGAGCGAAGGACGAGGAUCGUCGGAGGGAGAGACGGCGACGACGACGACGACGAUUUCGACGACCGCGACGACCGCCGCGGCGCCGCCAUCGCGUGGCGCGUGGGCACCGUGCGACCGGCGCGCUCGCUGAAACAGGCGAGAGACCUCGCGAAGCACGCGCCCGCGGCCGCGGCGCGCGGCGGCGAGGGCGUCGUGCUGUCUCCGGAAAACCUCGCGACGUUGCUGCCGGGCGUCGACGUGCCCGCAGACGUCGUCGACGCGCCGAUCGGAUCCGCAAAAGAUCCCGCCGGGCGCGGGUCCUCCCGCCCGCCCCUCGCCGCGGCGCUUCACAUCCCCGAAGGCGUCGUCCUGGACACGAAGCGGUACCUGGAGGCGCUGUGGGACGCCACCGCGCGCAUGGCGCGAGAGAGCCAAGGACGAAGAGCCAACGAGCGAAGGAUGUGCGUCGUCCACCUUCGCGUCGGCGUCGUAGUGGACGCGCUUUCUUCUCUGCGCGGGUAUGACGCGGUCGUGUCCGCGUGCGGCGCCGCGUCCGGGUCGCUGAGGGAGCUAAGCGGGGAUGGGACGCUGCCGACGCAGCUGCAGGGCGGGCACGUCCUGGAGCUCGUCCCGGCGGCGGAGAGGGGCGGCGGCGGAGACGGCGGAGACGGAAAACGAAAUCAUCAGGACGCCUGGCCGCCGGAAGCGCCGGGGAUCUUAGGUUCGCCGUACAUCGCCCCGCUCGGACGCGGGCGGCUGCUCGUGGGCGCGACGAAAGAGUACGAGGCGUCCGUGGAGGACGCGCGACGCGCCGGGGCGGUGUACAGACGCGACGGCGCGACGGGAGACGCGAUCGUCGCGGAAGAAGACGGCGUCGACGCCGCCGCCGUCGCGUCCGCCGAGCGCGCAGAAGCCUCGCUGCUGGCGUCGUCCGCGGCGACGUACCCGCCGCUCGCGCGCGGAGACUCGCGCGUCGACGUCGUCAGGUACGGCGUCCGCGCGAACCCGCCGAGGACGCCGCUGGGGUCGUUGCCGUUGAUCGGACGACUCGAGAUCGAAGGUUCGGACGCCGCGGCGACGCGCGCGUGGUUCGUCGGAGGCCUCGGCGCGCGCGGCCUCGUGUAUCACGCGAUGCUCGCGAAAACGCUCGCGCGCGCGGUGUUGACCGGGGACGCCGGCGUCAUCCCCAGCGAGCUGCGGUUCGACCCGAAAUGA